GGUACAACAACCCAUUUACAAAGUCCAGACAAGUGAUGGAGUGGAAAUAGUGGUCUCCAAGGCAGACAUGUGCAGUUACUCUGUGGAUGCUGUCGUCAAUCCUUCUACUGAGGACUUGAAACAUACCUCUGGUCUUGCUUUGGCACUUUCUAAAGCUGCAGGUCCUCAGUUGCAGACUGAAUGUGACCAAAUAAUUUCUGUAAAAGGAAAACUCCGACCUGGAGAUUGUGUCGUAACAGAUGCUGGAGGAAUGCUUCGUUGCAAAAAGGUGAUCCAUGCCGUAGGACCCUAUUUUGAUCAAGCAAAGCCAAAGAAGGCUGAGGCCCAGUUGAAAAGAACUGUUAAAGAAAGCUUAGAACUUGCUGAAAAGUGUGGCUGUGUGUCUGUGGCCCUUCCUGCCAUCAGCAGAAAUCGUGGCUUCCCACUCAAUCUGUGCCUAGCUACCAUUGCUAGAGCAGUGAAGGAAUACUGUGAGGAGAAGUACGAUGACACCUUGAAGAAGAUUCAUCUGGUGGACAAAGAGGACAGUGUUGCUCUUGGUAUGGAAAAUGCUGUGAAGCAGGAGUUUGGAAAUCAUGGAGUUAGUGUUUCAUCUCAAAAUGCUAUCCCUAAAGUUAGUCAGAAAUCUUCAUUGCUCAAGCUAGUUCCACCUGACCCAAGCUUGUGCCGAGGGCAGACCAAAGAGGGCUUGAACAUUGUUCUUAAAAAGGGAAACAUUGAGGCUGCCAAGACAGAGGUAAUUGUCAACACUGUGUCAGAAGAUCUUUUAUUGCACAAAGGGGCGAUUUCAAACGCCAUCUUCAGUGCGGCUGGACCCAAACUUCAACAGCUGGUACACAGCCAGAAAACCAGUGGAUCACCAGGCGAAAUUGUUGUUACAGACGGCUGCAAGCUGAAGAGCAAACAUGUUUUCCAUGCAAUUGCUUCAAGCUGGGACAAAGGCCAAGGCGCAGCUGAAAAGACUCUAGCUGGGAUCUUUCAAGAUUGCUUGGAUUUGGCAGAGAAAACUCGUUUGUCGUCUAUAACUUUCCCAGCUGUUGGUACCGGAAACCUGGGUUUUCCAAAAAAUCUUGUUGCCACUUUGAUGCUGGAUAAAUUCUUGGAGUUCAGCAGCCAGAGACAAUCCAAGAACCUUAAGAAGAUUGCAGUUGUUCUUUAUCCUGGAGAUGCAGAGACUAUUCAGAUAUUUACAGAUGAAUUUAAGACGAAGUUUCCCAGUGCCACGGGUCUUUCAACAACAGUUCCUGCAUCUGCAGACUCUUCACAAAGUACAAGCAAAUUUUCUAAAGUUGUCUCCAGUUCAGGAAAGCACGAGACUAAACUGGGAAAUGUGACGAUUCAGGUAGAAACUGGAGAUAUAACAAAGGAGACGACUGAUGUCAUUGUUAACUCUUCAGAUAACAGCUUCACUCUCACCUCAGGAGUAUCCAAGGCUAUUCUGGAUGCAGCUGGUGUAGCUGUUUUAGAAGAAUGCCAAUAUCUUGGUUCCCAGCCCAAUCCAGGCAUUAUAAUGACUGUACCAGGAAACCUAAAGUGCAAAAAGAUUCUCCACCUGGUCGUUCAGCCAGACAUCCACAGUUCUGUAAAGGAAGCACUCCAAAUGUGUGUGAAGAAAUCCUACACUUCUAUUUCAUUUCCUGCCCUGGGCACAGAUCAAGGCGGUGUGCAGGCGAAACAAGUGGCAGACUCCAUGUUGGAUGCUGUGAUUGAUGUUUUCAGCCAAAACACCUCCAGCUCCCUGACUUUGAUCAGGAUAGUCAUCUUCCAGCAACAGAUGCUGAAAGAUUUCCACAGCAGCAUGCAAGAAAGAGAAGCCACUGACCCAAAGGAGAAAGGAGGAUUCUGGUCCAAUGUUACCCACAAGUUAAAAUCUAUGUUUGUAUCAGAAAGUGCUGACAACAAACAGGAAAACGAGGUGUAUGAUAUCAAGACUGUCAAAGUGGAGCCUGCCGUCUUCCAUAUCUGUGGUUCCUCACAGGCCAAAGUAGAUGCAGCCAAGAAGAAGAUAAAUGACCUGAUGUCUAAUGAACAAUGCCGCGAAGAGAUUAUAGACAACGACAUCUUGAACUUAUCUUCUGCAGACUGUCAGCGCAUUGUUGACAUCCAGAUGAAGAUGAGUGUGAGCAUCAAAAAACAAAGCACUAAUGGCCAAACCUCUUUCAUCAUUGAGGGUCUCAGUAAAGACGUGCUCCGAGCCAGUCGGGAGAUAGAUAAUAUGCUGAAGAAGGUGAGACGAGAGCAGGAGCUGAAAAAGAAAUUGGAGCUGGUAGCCACUGUGGCAGAGUGGCAGUAUCAGCAACAUGGGCUUUCAUAUCAGAGUUUUGAUCAGAUGACCAACUAUGAGCUUGAACAUGCGUUGGAGAGAGCAACACCCACUCUAAAAGUUACCAUCCAUGGCUCAGACUAUACAGUCCAGAUGCCUAAAGGACCAGCCACUGACAGCAAGGGAACCAAGCUGCAGAUAAGACGAAUUGACAAACUACAAGGUGACGAUGUUCCUGAGUUUUGGGAUGCCAUGCCGGCUGGAAAAACAUGUCAUGCCGUCCCCAUCCUUGCUACUUCUUCAGAGUACACAGAAGUCGUCAAUCUCUUCAAAGCCACAUGUAAUCAAACCGUCACCAAGAUUGAAAGGAUCCAGAACCCUGGACUGUGGAAAAGUCUUCAGAUCAAAAAACAGGAAAUGGAGCUGAGAAAUAAUCAUCAGAACAAUGACAAACGUCUCUUCCAUGGCACCAGUGAAGACACUGUCCCCAUCAUCAAUUAAUCUGGCUUCAACAGAAGCUAUGCAGGAAAAAAUGCUGCCUGUUAUGGAAACGGUUCCUACUUCGCAGUUAAAGCUGAUUAUUCUGCACAAGACACAUACUCUAAGCCCAAUGCGAAUGGAGAAAAGUUUAUGUACGUCUGCAGAGUGCUGACAGGAGACUACACCCUGGGAGAAAAAAAAAUGGUCGCUCCACCAUCCAAAGGAAGCUCCAGUGUCCACAUGUAUGACAGUGUGGUGGACGAUAUGGCCACCCCCAGCAUGUUUGUAGUGUUUCAUGACACCCAGGCCUAUCCUGAGUAUCUGAUCACCUUCAAGUAGCAACAGCCAGAAAAUGUUAAAUACAAAUGUAACAUCUAAUAACCAAGGAAAAUCUAAUUUUCUUCCUGAAAUACUUAUUUUAACUUGCCUUAAGUUCACUUAAUUAGUACUUUGUGCGUUCUGGCCCAUUUAGUGCCUUAAAGUGAUGCCUUAAUGUCUCAUAAAUAUUUUAAAAUCAGUUCCUUCAAAUUAAGAGCUUCCAAAACAUGUUGUUGCCUAUGAACUAUUUACACUAUCUCACUCCUGUUCUAUAAAACCAUGCAAUUGUAGAAGUUUAAGACUAACAAUAAUUUCUACAUUUAAAAAUGAAACAAACCUUAAUGAAAACUCAAGAAUGAGUUAUGAACAAGCACAGGUGAUUUCACUGUUCACUUUUCUUCUAUACUUGAAGUAAUAAAACAUUUUUGAACAAG